AUGGCCAAGAAGUUGUCAGAAGGUAGGAAAAAAGGAAGUGGUAGGAAACCGGGAAGUAAAAGCAAGACAUUAACACAGGGAAGAAAAAAAGGAAGUGGAAGAAAAUAUAACACAAAUGCAACGCAAAAUAACCCAUCAAUCCCAAAGACACAACACACUCAAGCGGAUAAAGAUGCUGCUCAGGCCUUAUGUUCACUAUUUCUUCGACACAAAUUAUCACCAAUUCAUGUACCGAACGGUGGUUUCAAUAAUAUCAUUAAUAGCCAGCAUGAAUACAUCUUACCGCCUCUUUCCCCAUCUGAAGCUUGUAACACUAACACCAAUAAUAACAUCACUGUUUUAAAUAAUACUUGUUUUAAUAACGGUAAUGAUUAUCAAAAUAAUAAUAAAAACGGCAACAAUAAAAUAGCGCUUCCUAGCAUUACUGGAUUGACGCAUUAUUUAGAUGAUGAUGUACAAAAACAAAGAAAUAAUGUUGAUGUUGAUAGCAAGAAUGUACAUUAUGAUAAUAAUAGGUAUAAUAUCAGUAACACGUAUAAUUACAUGAAAUUUAGACCUUCUCAUAAUUCAUCAGGGACUAAAGUUUCUAUCAGAGUGCUGGUUAAUAGGACGCACAAUGACAAUAAUAACACAAAUAACACUGCCGCUGGUAGCGUCAAUAGCAGUACAACAACUACUAAUAAUAGCACAAAUAAUAAUAAUAAUGCUCAUAUAUCAGCACAUAAUACUGCAGGGUGA